AGUCCAGAGAAGGACAGAGGCCGUGGGGACACGCUGCUGCACAUGUUCGCAGGACGCGGAGGACUCGCUGGACGCAGAGGAUGGACCAACAUUCGGACGUGAACAGACAAGGAAAAAGCUGCAUAAAUCAACUAGGAGGGGCAUUUCUCAAUGGGCGACCCCUUCCUCCAUGUAAACGAAGAAAAAUAAUUGAGUUGGCUUCAAACGGCGUGAGACCCUGCCAAAUAUCUAGGAUUUUACAGGUGUCCAAUGGCUGUGUGAGUAAAAUCCUCGGCAGAUACCGUCAGACUGGACUUUUAUGCCCCAAAGCAACUGGAGGCAGCAAACCCCGUCUCCUCACGCCGGAUGUGAUCGCCAGGAUCACGCAGUACAAGUUCGAAACCCCUUCCAUCUUCGCCUGGGAGAUCCAGGAGAGACUGGAGUUGGAGAAGGUGUGCAAAGCGGACAGAGUCCCCAGCGUAUCGUCUAUAAACAGGAUUCUGAGGAGCAUCCAGCUGGACCUCGUGCCUCUUGGGGUGGUGGGACAGCCGGUCGGGUUUCCACGGUGUCCAGACACCCCGUUUAGGGACAAGGCUCAUCGCUGGACUCCGCACAGCACUGCAGGCCUCCAUUUACCCAGAGUGACCACACACUUUCCUCAGGAGAACUUGGAGCACUUCUCAGCGGCACCUCAAGCCGCUCUGCAAAUGUACCACCGUAACUCACACCCAGGUGGUCUCCAGGUGUCUUCGGAUGCACCUCCUGGUGUGACGCACCAACUAGGGGCCCUACCUGCCCGAGGAUCAGAGGCUCUCCCCAGCAGACCGCCUCUUCCAGUCCCGCAGUGGUCCUCGGCGCCGCGUCCCGGUGAAGACUGGUCCUCCGUAACUUUCUUCGCGGGACAUUAUGCUCCAUUUCUGCUCCCUCAUUAAUGAGGUCCAUCGGCGCAAGCAA